AUUCAUCAAAACUCGAAAAAUUCACUGGAACAUUUUCUCAUUGUUUCACCUCACUACUAAGAACAGCAAGUAGUUACUCUACCGAAAACACUAAUAUAAGUCGACAAAAAUUAUUUAAUUUCAAAAUAAUUUGUCUACUUAUAUAAAUGAAACAUCAUCUUUGCUCCGUUCAGUCAACUGUUCUUUUACAAGCCUUACUUCUCUUUUUUGAUAAGUUUUGUGUCAUAUUCAGUGAAGAAUCAAAAUUACUUGCUCCUGGAUUACACAGUAACAAUAACCGUUUAAGCAAUAAUAAAAGUAUACUGUCAUAUGCUCCUGGACAAGAUUAUACAAAACAGCAUUCCGCCGACACAUUUAUAGGCUCACAGUUUAACUUCCCAGAAUACAAUUCUAAAGACAGAAGUCAUCAGUCAGGAAAGCCUUCAAAAUUGAGUACACUGAAUAAUGAGCUAACCAACUGCCAACUGCAGUUAGAAUGUUCCACAGAUAUGGAUAGUACCAACAGUAAACAAAUGUCUUUAAUGAAUUUUUCUACCAGUCAUGUUACUGGUCGCGUACGUAUCCCCGUACGAAGUGGUAGGGGGCCUGUUGGACCACCCGGUCCACAAGGACCACCAGGACCGCAGGGUGCAAGAGGGUUUCGUGGACCUCCAGGGGAACCUGGCAGUUUGAAAGAUAUCAAUCUAACCAAAUUACAAUUGGGUAAAUUGAAUACACAGUUACAGUCAGUGCAAUAUAGAAUUGCAUUUUUUGUUGGUCUCGAGUUUAACGUCAUUGAAAAGCCAUUGGAAGAAAAUCCAAAAUUGAUUAUGAAUAAAGUGAUUACAAAUUUGGGAAAUGCAUACAAUGCAGUGACAGGUGAAUUCACUGCACCAGUUAAUGGUGUAUACAUCUUAUUCUUAGCCAUUUCAGCUCAAGGGAAAUCAAGGGCAGUUGUACGUUUAAUGCACAAUGAUAAGCAAAUAUUUGAUGUUUGGUCUGAAAGUUCACCUUGGGCGACAGCUACAAAUCAAGGCAUUCUACAAAUGUAUAAAGGUGACCGUGCAUGGUUAGCUAUACGUGAUGGUGCUUAUUUUUUGCAUGGUUAUAUGUACUCUACAUUCUCUGGUUAUUUACUAUUUGAUGUGAAUAAUAAUGAAACAAUCAAUCUACCAUAAUUUACCUACUUUUACUAUUAUCAAUAAAUGUAUGGGUAAGUUAUACAGAUAAACUGUGUUCAGUGUUAAAUAUAUUCACAUUUUGUUUUAAUUCAACUUAAUUUUGUUUCCUUCUGAAAGUUUUUAAAAGAAGUUACCUCUAAAUUACUAUUAUUCUUUUUGUUAUCGUGCAAAGACUACCAGUUGUGGGAGAAAUGUGAACACUAUCCUCAUAGUUUUCAGAGAAUCUUCAUGCUUUAUUCUUAAUAAAACAAGUG